AUGGCUUUGCCGGGAGCAAAAGAUGUUCGAGGUGAAAGCCAGCAAUGCUGGGACACCUGUUUUCGCGGGCUGCCCACCUUGCCCACUUGCCCACCUUUUCCAGAGCGUGCAUCCAGAAACCAGUUGGCCAGAUACAGAUCUGCCCUCCCAAGCCCCUCCCCGAGCAAUCUCAUGGAUCCUCGUCAUCCCCGCCGCCGCUGA